AUGUCCACUGAAGUUUCCACUGAGAAUGGAGUUCCAGAACCCCCUUCGGUACCUACACCCAGAUGGAAGCAGACACCGCCGGCAAUGAAGGCUCCUGUCCGAUUACGCGGACCUGAAGAUAAAUUUGAAGUAAAUUCGGACCCCGAGAAAUUAGAUAAAUUCUACAUUAGGAUGUUAGGAGAAGGGGGAGAUGAAAUGCUCUCUGAGGAGGUUAAAUGGCAAGCUGUAACGCACAAAAGCUUUGAUCAAGGAAGAAGAGGAUUUAAUGAUCGGUUGGCAUAUCUUGGCAAACAACUAGUAUCCCUGCAGGCGACUCUCGCGAUCAUACAGGAUCCUGCUUCUUAUUCGCAAGUGCGGUCGGAAGAUCCUCAUGGGCGGGUACCGUUUCAACAUCCAGUACUAGAAGGCCUAGAGGUGCUCUCCGGUUCGGCAGCAAAGGACUUGACCCAAAAGAAGAGAAUGGCCGCGUUAGCCAGACAAUAUGACCUUCAUGAAGUACUACGUUGGUUACCGAGAAUGCCUAAUCACUUUACGCAGUCUGGAAUUGAUGUUGUUUUGACACAGGCGAUGUAUGCAAUCGUGGGAGCUGUAUCGCUGGAAAAAGGAGGCUCUGUCGCAAAUGAGAUAUCUCGAGAACGCAUACUUAAACCGUUGGGAUUUAAAAUCAGCGGGCGAUUAGAAUGA